GCGCUGGGUGGCUGCCAUGCCAGGGCGGGCGGUCGAGGAGGGCAUGGAGGGCUGGAGCCCAGCCCCGCCACUCUAUGAGGAGUACCAUCCGCCACCACUGGACACCAUCCGCCUGCCCAGGUACGUGCUGUACCUGCUGCUGGCUGCGCUCCUGGUGGUGGCCGUGGCCUAUGCCAUUGUUGGGCAUCUCAUCAAGGACCUCGCCCACGACCUGGCCGACUGGCUUUUUGGCCCAAAGCCAGACCAGGAGGACGCCCCCCGGGAGCUGCCGGAGAGCCCAGAGGGCGAGGAUCUGGAAGAGCUGGACCUGCAGCUGGCGCUGGCCUGGCGGGGUGACGAGGAUGCCACCUAUGGGGGCGGCGAGGGGGCCCCUGCAGAAGCCCCAGCCCGCAUGCCCCGCCGCCCCUCCAUCGCCUUCAAAGAUCCACCAUCCCGAAGCUCCUUCUGGAGGCUGGGCUGAGCCAGGGGAGCCGGUUUAAAUGCCGUUGUAGAGACGGGAUGUGUGCCCAUCAGAGCCCUUCACUUAUCUGCAGCUGCCUUGACAGAGAACAUCCUUGUUCUUGGCUGGCAGGCGCCAGUGGUUGGAGGCUGGUUUAUUUCUAACACUCCUGCUCCCCCUGUAUUCCCAGAACCUAAGCUACCCAGCCCCCUCCAAGCACUUGGCAACCUGUAAACCGAAAACGCUAAGAAGCUUUUUAAAAAUAAUAAUAAUUAUAGUGGCCAG